ACCCUAAUCGGAAAAUCUCUCCGCCACUAUCUCUCCGACUCACUAAUGGGAUUCUUCGAUCUAAGCAUUCCGUACAAUGAGCCGCCGCGAUCAGGCGGUAAGGAAAUCGCCGGCGGGAAAACCUUACGAUUAAAGCUCGCCACGAAAGCCAUGGAACUGGGCUAUGUUGGGAUCGCGCAUAAUCGUUCGAUCAAAGGCGUAAUGUCUGACAAAGACUCUUGUACGAUUCCUCUUCUCACUCUUGGAUCUCUUAUCAAAGUCGCUCCGCGGUUAGCUUCCUCUGUUGGAUUCCAUCGCGAUUUACUCGGUAUCCCCCGAGCUACUCCGUUUCGGCAGUACACGCGUCUCACGGUUCAUGUGGAGAGUAAUGCUCAAUGUCAGAGUUUGAAUUCUGGGAAUCCGAUUCUAAAGAGCUAUGAUAUUAUUGCUGUUAGGCCGAUGAAUCAGAACGCUUUCGAUUAUGCUUGUGAGAAAGCUGAGGUUGAUCUUAUUUCGAUUGAUUUCACGGACAAGAUGUUAUUCCGAUUGAAGCAUCCCAUGGUUAAAGCUGCUAUUCAGCGAGGGAUUUACUUUGAGAUUAAGUACUCUGAUCUCCUUAUGGAUGCACAAACGAGGAGACAAGUUAUAUCAAAUGCUAAGUUACUGGUGGAUUGGACUAGGGGGAAGAAUCUAAUUAUAUCAAGUGGUGCUCCUUCAGUAACAGAACUUAGAGGUCCAAACGAUAUCAUAAAUCUAAUGUGCUUACUCGGACUCUCUUCUGAAAGAGCUAGAGCUGCCAUUUCAAAAAAUUGUAGGAAUAUGAUAGCCAAGGUUUUAAAGAAAAAACGGUUUCACAAAGAAGCUGUCAGGGUUGAAUUACUUUCUUCUGGUGAUACCUUUAGCCUCGAACAGCCUCUGUCUGAAGAUUGCAUGAAAUGGGAUCCCCUCUCAAGCGGUGAAGGUGACAUGCUUUUAGAUGAUCUUGCAAAGGCUUUUGAUGCCACAAAUGCUGUGGCGCACAAAUCAUCUAAGGCCAUUGAUUUCACCUCUGUUCUUGAUGGCUUGCCAACACAUGGUUUCCGGGUUAAGGAUAUUGUAGGAACUGAACCAUUGACUCAGUCUCCUGCAGCUAAGGUGAUUGACACACCGGUGCACAGUAAUCAAGUUUCUGAACUACGUAUGGCUGUGGCAGCUUCAUCUGAUGAUAAUCUUGGGGAAAUUGAAACCAUAAGCCAAAUUGACAUGCAAAUAUCUGAAGAUGAAAGUAAGGUGGAACCUACUACAAAUCUCCUCAAGGAAGAAGCAUUUGCCCUAAGGAAAUGCAGUGCCAGCCAUGGCCAGGGGAUUUUGUUGCAAAAUCAAAUAGCUGCUUCCUUUACACUGAUAAGAUGUACAAAGUCAGAUGCAGCUUCUGAUGUUAGCAUGCAUAUUGAGUCGACUUCCGAAGGUGGAUCAAUGUCACCAUCAAAAAUCGAUCAUGGGAUCCCACAAAGUCCUGUUGAAGUGAUAAACAUGGGAAAAAUUGCUUUUAAUGAAGAAGCCUCAGUGGACGAGAACAGCAAAGAAAGAGUUACUACCGGUCCUGCUAGUUUUGAUGAGAUGCAUAUCACUGAGCCUGGACACCACACAUCCAUCGAUGAUGAGCAGCAUAUCGCUGAGCCUGAACACAACACAUCCAUUGCUGAUGAGAUGAAAAUUGAUUGUUCUUCGGAAGCAAAUCACGACGAGUACAUGGAGGUGACAGUGGAAGACCGGAAGCAUGAAACAGGUGACAGUAAUAUUAAUCUUCCUAACUUAUCCUCUGAGACUACCGAUUUGCUAAGUAAAUCAGGUAAACCUCUCAGUCCAGAGGCGGUUGUACAAGACCAUGACGAAGCAUCAAGAUUAGAGUCCAAUGAGACAAAGAUCGAGGAAGAGCCAUCAGUUCCAUACCACAACACCAUUGAGAUAACAAUGGAAGACAAAAAGGUCGAAGAGUUAACAAUUGAAGACGAGAAGGAAGGAAAGACUGAAACCGAAACUAAUCACCAAGGCCAAGUCCAAUCCUCUGAGAAUAACAAUGACACGAAAUCAGGUAAGACACAAGCUAAGAGGAGUAGAGUUCGAUUACAGCCUUUUAAGCCUUUUCUACUUCAAUCAAGGUUCAAACGGAUCAGUAAAAAAAGAAAACAUCGAAGAGCUUGAUCAUUCUUAUAACCCUAUAUAGGUUUUGUGCAUUAAUUUAUACCCACGCAAGUCUCGUGGUUUUGUUGUCACCGAUUAUAAAAGUUGGGGAAAGAAAGAAUCUAAUUUAUUCUCUAAGGUUGAUUCUUUGUGUACUCGUGUUCAAGAAAAAGGCUUUUAGUUA